AUGACCGCACCAUUCAUAUGCUUCCGAGUGGUCACACGUGGAGACUAUCGACAAUUGGUUCACAAUAAUGUCAGAAAGCAUUUGAAAGUGUGUUCAGCAUUGGGUCUCCGAAAUUAUAUCAUAGAAGUUGUCACCGAAAAGGGUUUAGGUUUAGAUAACUAUAAUCAUCCAAAAGUCAUUGAAACCAUAAUUCCUAUUGAAUAUGAACCCAAAAAUGGAGCCAUUUUUAAAGCACGGGCUCUUGAGUACUGUCUGGAGGACAGUCACAAUCGAUUGGCGGACAACGACUGGAUCGUCCACUUGGACGAGGAGACAGUGAUGACUGAGGCGUCCGUCUGCGGUAUUGUGAACUUCGUGUGCUUGGGCACCCAUGACUUUGGACAGGGACUCAUCACAUACGCCUAG